AUGCAUCUUCAUUUUAAAUAUCAUUUGGUAGUUUUUAGAUGAAAGUCAAAUUUGUGGGGUGUAAUUUGUUGAUGGCAAAACCAUGACGUCAAAAUAAUCCACGUAUAUUGAAAUGUGAUUGGAUAGAGAAAUAAGUUUCGCAAAUCCGAUUGGCUAGUACAGUGCACACCUCUUAGAAAAGGCCACUUACUGAUACCGCGUACCCUCCUUCCAGUUUACAUUACUUAAUACUGCUCUGUCAGCUGAGACUAAAGCAGCGAUUUUAACGGCCAGGAAAUAUUUUAUCAUGUUAUUUUGGUGAUGAUGGCACUAAAAUUUACAAAUCUAAUCUUUCGAAAACAUGUUAAAAACAAUUUAUUGUCAUAUAUUUUUUUGAUCCGAAAAUGGUCACACCAGACGACGAAGAGUGCCAACAAACCCUGCUUUGGGUUUCUGUUCGAUAUUGAUGGAGUAAUUGUAAGAGGUAAAAACCUCCUUCCUUCAGCAAAAGAGGCAUUCAAACUUUUGACUGAUGAAUACGGCAGGUUUAUAGUACCUGCAUUAUUUGUUACAAAUGCUGGUAAUAUGUUACGACAAGAAAAAGCUAAACAACUUUCUAAAUGGCUGGAUGUACAGGUUCAACCAGACCAGGUGGUGAUGUCUCACAGUCCCUUAAAAAUGUUUCGGCAAUUCCAUGACAAACAUGUUUUAGUAUCUGGUCAGGGACCAGUUUUAGAAAUUGCAAAGAAUUUAGGUUUCACUAAAGUUACCACCAUAGAAACUCUUCGACAGACGUUCCCUUUGUUGGAUAUGGUUGAUCAUAAAAGGCGCCAAGUUGCUCCAUGUGCUUUUGAGAAAUACUUUCCUAAAAUUGAAGCUGUGAUACUAUUUGGUGAACCAGUGAGAUGGGAAACAAAUCUGCAGUUGAUUACUGAUGUGCUUUUAUCAGAUGGUUUACCUAAUUUUGUACCUCGAGAAAUUCCCUACCCUCAUCUGCCUAUCUUAGCCUGCAAUAUGGAUCUCUUGUGGAUGGCAGAAGCUUGCAUACCACGAUUUGGACAUGGCUGUUUCAUGCACUGUUUGGAGUGUUUGUAUCAGAAAGUUACUGGACGAGAAUUGAAAUACACAGCAUUGAUUGGCAAACCUAGUGAAAUUACCUACCAUCAUGCUGACUACCUGCUGAGUCUCCAGGCCCAGAGCAUAGGUAUCAAUGGAGUGCAGACAAUCUACUGCAUUGGAGAUAAUCCAGAGACUGACAUAUAUGGAGGGAAUCUAUAUAACCGAUAUCUGCAUUCUCGAUCUGCAAAACAAAGAAAACAAGCCAAAAAGGUUCAGCAGUUAGCCAACACGACUAAUUCUAGUAUCAACUCGGACAUGUCCAGUGUUGACGAACUGAUGGACACUGAGGACACCGUAAUAGAUCUGAUGUCUUCAGGGACAGAUGAAAGUAUUAUCCUUACUGACAAGUCUGUGUCAAUACUUGUCUGUACUGGAGUGUACACAACUGACAGUGAUUUUGUAACGUAUGGAGGAAAAGAAAUCUCAAACCAUAAUCACCGAGACUUUGUACUUGACAGUGAACUGAAGAAACCAACCUAUGUUACCCAAAAUGUACUAGAAGCUGUCAAGUUAGUAUUUGAGAAAGAAAAUUAUCAUUAAUUUGUAAUGAAUAUGUUGUUAAAAAGGUAAACGAACAAAAAACAAAUUAUAAUUCUGACACUUCUAGUCACUCAGUAGUUUUAUUUAUUCCCCCAUCCCUGCCCCAGUCCUUCGACUUUGACUGAAUUUAUUUUAUGAAAAUCUGUUUACUUAGAGAAACACGUUUUAGUGUUUUUUGUUUCAUUUUGAAAUUACAAUCACAUUCAAAAACAUGCAUUUAACACACACAAGUAUACUUAUAUGUGUAUAUACAUGUCUGUAUAUAUGCAUAUGUAUGUGUGUAUAUAUAUAUAUAUAUAUAUAUAUAUAUAUAUAUAUAUAUAUAUAUAUAUAACAUACACAAACAUACACACAAACAAUGUGUGUAUGUAUGUGUUUAUGUUUAUAACUCAGCAUACAUAUGUAAACAAUACUUUCAAAAGAAAGAAAAAUGAAAAAAAUUUGCCUCCCUGGAGGGAAUUGAACCGGAUGUUUUUUGUGUCCAGGCAAGCAUGCUAAGCAUUUCACUAUGAGGAUAUUACCUCAUCCUUCCUGGAAGUAAGCGUGUUUCUCUGCUUCCUUAGAGUUUACUUGAUCAUGAUUCAUCUAGAAAUUUACUCAGUAACUCAACUGUUCACUGGUAAUGUGUUUAUUGUCAGCUGAUGAAUGUAAAAUGUUGUACCUUGAUUUGAAGUAUAGAAGAGAAUGUUUCCCAAUAAAAAUAAACUAAACCAUGAAAUAGCACCAUAGAUGCUUGGUCAGCAGAUGCCUGGGUCAAUUCCAAAUAAAGAACAUGUUUUUUUUCUCUA